AUGGACAGGAACAUACUGUCCUCAGACGUGUCUGAAGAGGAGAGUAUCCCAGAUGGCAUUAUUCAGGUAUUCCUCUCUAAUCUCCUAUUGUCAUGCACAGUGGUGACUGCAGUGGUCCUCACCGCUGCCUGGUAUAUCAGAGAUUCUCUGGAAAUCGACGACGUUGAACACAAAUGGGUCUUCGUGACGGGCUGCGACAGCGGGUUCGGGAACCUGCUGGCGCGGCAGCUCGACGAGCGGGGGCUGAACGUCAUCGCGUCAUGCAUGACCGAGAAAGGUUCGGACGAUCUGAAGGCGGUGACCUCAGCGAGGCUGAAGACGGUCAUGCUGAACGUGACCGACAGCGCCAGCAUAGACAGCGCGGUGGAGUUCGUACGCGCCGAGGUGGGAGAGUACGGUCUCUGGGGUCUGGUAAACAAUGCUGGAAGGUCCACUCCAAUUGGCCCUACAGAGUGGAUGCAGCUGGAAGACUUUAAGAAGGUUCUGGAUGUGAACCUAAUAGGGCUGAUUGAGGUGACCCUGAAGUUCCUUCCUCUGUUGAAAAAGGCCCAAGGUAGGGUGGUCAACAUGGCCAGUGUCCUGGGACGGGUGGCAUUGAACGGGGGAGGCUACUGCCUGUCCAAGAUGGGUGUGGAGUCCUUCUCAGACAGCCUAAGGAGGGACAUGCAGCAUUUUGGAGUGAAAGUCAGCAUCAUUGAGCCGGGCUUUUUUAAAACUGGAAUGACCAACGUGGAUCUUAUUGAGAAGGACCUGCAGAGGCUGUGGAACCAGCUCCCCACGGAUGUUAAGGACUCGUACGGAACAAAGUAUUUGGAUGAAUAUCUGAAAGCUCAGAAGUUCUGCAUGGGCAUCCUCUGCAGCUCAGACAUCUCCAAGGUGACGCGGUGCAUGCAGCACGCCCUGCUGGCACGGCACCCCCGGACUCGGUAUGGGGCGGGCUGGGAUGCCAAACUCCUCUGGCUGCCUCUGUCCUACCUCCCUUCCUUCAUCGCUGACCUCUCCAUCAGGAUCGUCCUCCCUACCCCCGAGGAUAACCGCAUGGUGUACCCAAACCAGGUUGACGUUGCAAAAACUUAAAAAAAAAAAAAAAAUCCAUCUAAUCCACUCUUAUAGAGUAUGAUGCACAUCGGUGGAGGUAAACGAAAUAAGUUCAGUUGACAUGUUCUUUGUUGAGUACACUGUCCCUUUGCAGCUGUGCACAAGACCACAGUGUGCACUUUGUCUUUGUUCUAUGAAAUAUGGGCUUGGUUUAUCCAUCUGAAGGAAGCAAAUAGUUUCAUGUAAGACCAGAAUUCCUGCAACCUGCAAGGAAACUAACUUUUCCUUUAAGAUACACUAUCGAAAUACAAUAAUAUAACAUUAAAAAUCUCACGUUCACAAAGAAAGUCAACAAGACUUAAAAUCUGCAUAUAACGACCUGGAAAAUCUGUUACCUUGUUUGGACAGUAGUAAGUCCCAGACAUGCUCUGAAGACUUCAAGGAUGACAGACAUCACUUCUCAAGAGAAAACCGUUAACCUAUGUUUGGAGAAUUUCUGUUUCUGUCAUUUUCAGACUCAAACAAUGGAACUUCAGGGCGUUGCAGUCAAUGUAUAUUGCUCAUGAACCACACAUUCUCCUCUGUUACCUAGCAACAGCAAAGGUCAACAAAGGGGGGGAACAGCAAGGCUGUUAACUACAGUUCAGACACGUGGGCCCUAUUUGACAGCAGUGAUGCCAUGGUGGGCAACUGCUGAAAAUAUUAGAUCCCAAGUUGUUGGGACAGGGGUGAGAGGGUGAGAGGGGCAGGUGGGGUGGAAUGCUGGAAGCAGGGGCAUGUUAAGAUGGCUGGAACAGUUGGGUGCUUGGGUAGUAUAGGGAUAGUACUAUAAAGCUGGAUGACAUACUUGAUUUAUGAUCUUUAAUUAUCGUUUAAUAUGACUUAAUUACUGUUUUGAAAAAACGUCAGUAUCCUUUGAUGUAUGAUGGACAGAAAAUGUAACUACCUAAGCUUUCCAGGGCUUUGUG